ACGGAUUUGUCAAAUAGCCCCGUGCAUGGUGCAUGGCUGACAGGGUAGCUAACCACUCAGACGGGGAACCAGGGUGGACAUCUUUAAUCAACGUGUAACAGGAGCUAACCUGUCAGAAUCUGAAACUACUCGGUCUUAUCCGCUCGUUUCUCCAGCUGUCCUUACUCCCUGAGCGCGGACUCUUCACGCUUGUCAUUGCUCGGCUAGCCAACUGACGCGAGUUAACGUCGCUCUUUGAAAAUGGCGGAUGCACAACCGGAGAAGAGCCUGGACGAUUUCUUUGCCAAGCGGGAUAAAAAGAAGAAGAAAGAGAAGGGAAAGGGCAAGGAGUCCACGGCUGGGCCCACGUCGGCUGUGGUGAAAAAAACCAAGAAGGAGAAGGAAAAGUCGGCGAAAAACGAGAAUCAAGACGCCCAGGUUGAUAAGGAGGACGAGGAAUGGAAAGAGUUUGAGCAGAAAGAAGUGGACUACAGCGGGCUCCGUCUCCAAGCCUUACAGAUCAGUGACGAGAAAGAGGAAGAAGAGUAUGAGAAAGAGGAGGUUGGUGAGGACGGUGAGAUCAUUCUGGUUAGUGGAGACAAAGUGUCUGGUCCCUGGAACAAGUCUGGUGCUGCUCCCCCUCCUGCUGCACCCGUGGCAGAGGAAGAAGAGGUGCCUGAGGCGAAGCCUUCUGGUGUGUAUCGCCCUCCAGGGGCUCGGCUGACCACCACCAAACGGGCCCCCAACCAGGGUCCCCCUGAGAUCUAUAGCGACACACAGUUCCCCUCUCUACUGGCCACCGCUAAGCAUGUUGAGACACGCAAGGACAGAGAAAUGGAGAAAACCUUUGAGGUUGUAAAACACAGGAACCGUGGUAGAGAGGAGACAGGCGGCGCCUCUAUGCAGCACUUGCAGCUCGACAACCAGUACGCCAUCUUGGGGGAUAAGUAGAGCCGCUUCCCUCCGUCCCCUGGCCCCUCCAGCGUGGUCCUGCCCAGCCCCUUGAAGGAAGCUGAACUCCAGCUGUGUGGACUGCAGUCCUGAUAGAGUUCAUGCUGCCACCAUCACCACACCAAUUGCUCAAAACAUACAGCCCCACAUAAACACACACCCAUACACACCAGUACCACUGCAGCAUAUGCAGUGGCACGCCUUUAAAUUAAUUAAGAACCACACUUAACAUACAUUUUGGUUGGCAAACCCAAAGGACUGCAUCUGAAGGGGCUGAUGAAAGAGGGAAUAAUGGAAACGGAAUUGGCAAAAUACACCCAAAUGUACGACACUGCAGCAGCAACAGCAACAAAAGGCAACUUAGUUGUCCUUUGUGGAUUGUACUCAGAGCAGCAGUUGUGUGGUACAACUUCUCUCUGGACCUCAACUUGCUUUGAUAAAGCCACAGAGGAUUGAAGAUGACUUUAGGCAAGAUGAUUUUACAAACUUCUGUGAAAAUAUCUAUUUUUUUGCAAGAUCGUUAUAACCCAAUCGCACAUGGUUAUUUUGAGGUGUGUGUUUUUUGAGCUGCGUUUGGGGCUUCAGGAGUGGGGACACUACCUCAGCAGCAUAGCUGGUGGUGACCAUGUGGACUGAGCUUUUUUUUUUUUUUUUUUUUUUUUUUUUCUUCUCCAUGUGGUGGUGAAGGGGGCAAACACCAACCCCCCCACAAACAAGCAGGCCAUCAGGCUCUUUAAUUUAGAAACUUGAAGGUUUGUUUUUUUUAAUUCAUGAUGGUGGCACUGCAAAGAUCUAUGGACAAGAAGUGAUGGGUUGUGGUCCUCAUUUAGAAUUUCUAUAUAAAGUGGCCUUACUGAUAGAGAGAAACUGCAUUGUCAAUCUGAAGUGAUCUUUGCUUGUUGUCUCACGGGCUGCUGCCUGCCUCUGGAUCUCACCACUUUGUGAAAAUGAACAUGCAAAAGAAAAAAAAAAAAUUCUGUUCAAGAAUGUAGUGCUGUUGUAGUUUGCCUGAUGAUUACAACUACUAACUGUCUUUUCAUAUCCACCGUUUGGUUUUGAUGCCCUCGCUUUCUCUUUAAACAUCAGAGAAGGAGAAAUUAAAGCUUGUUUCUAAUGUGAAACCGUUCUUUUGGUAACACAUGCUUUGAUGCAAGGCUGUCACAAAUAUCACAGUGUCAAAAAACAAUGGGAAACCAAAUGCAUAAUUGUGUGGUUGAGUUUGUUACACAGUGGUACAUUUCAGUCCCCAGUUUUAAAUUUUUUUUUUAUUAUUAUUUUUUUUUUAAUUUCCUCACAGGUUAUCCUACUGUCCGGGUCCUCAUUGAAGUUGUGUAGAAAAGAUAGCUUGUGCAUAAUUCCCAGAGAGUUCCAGCGUCGUACUCUUAUAUACUCCCACCAAAAAACCAACAAGAGUCCAAUCCACUGACAAAGAUGCAGUGACAAGUCCACUUAAAAUGAAACAGACUUUUCCUACAAGCAGAUUUAUGUCUAGAAAAGUGAAGAAAAACUGGAUUCAUGUUUCUGUGUAUGUCCUGUUCUUAACGUUGGGGCACGUCGUUCCCUGCUUGGACACUUUGAGUGGACCUAGGUGAUAUUUGUGAUGAAGAGACGAAAGCCUAACCCAAAAAAAAGAAAAAGUUAAAAAUAAAGUGCUCCUUGUGAA